UAUUUAUUUUUAUGAACAAAAAAAUAUGUAUGUUCAAAAUACGAAUAACUUUGAUUAAAUGUAGAAUAAUCCUUUAUCCCUCUCUGUUUAGCGAUGGGCGUUCCUUUUACUGCACAUGUGCGAUACGUAUUCAGUCCAUAACAUUCGCUAGGUACUUACAUAGUUAAAAUAGAAAUCGAUCGCCUUGUUUCUAUUCUUGUGAAUUAGGUCGAAUUUUUUCAUUAUAGCACGUGCUCAUAGUAUUUUUGAAAGAUGGAAGAAUUUAUGUAGGCGUACAUAUAAGAACCACCUAAAAUGAAUACUCUGAAAUUAAUACCAAUUAUUGCGGUGGUGUUAGUAGCCGUAUCAUCUACUCACGUACAUAAUGCUGUUGAAACUGAAAUGUUUGCUAUACCAAUCAGUCCGAAUUUAUUUAAUUGGACAUAUCAAGAAUUUGACCAGCAGUAUCGUUUCCAUGCAUCACUGAAGGGCAAGCCGGAGCUACCAUCUUGGCUCCGGUAUAUAUAUAGCGGAAGACACCAUUCAGGUUUCAUAUUUGGGACUCCACCGAGAGGAACUAAGAUUCCGAUUAUGCUAGAGAUAAUAGGUUUAAACCGCCAAGAUUAUGAAACCCGCCGUGUCCUUAUUACUUUAAAAGUCCAGCCAAAAGAGAAGAUGGCGCGUCAUGAAGUUGAAUUGAAGAUAGAUAAUCUUAAUGUGGAAGAUCUACUUGAUGAACACAGAAUGUCACGUUUAAAGGAUAUAUUACGGACGAAAUUGUGGACAGAGAGCAAUCAAGACUUAUACACUACUUUUCUGGCAUCCGCAAUAGAUUUGGGUGCUAGAUUACCACUAAAACCAGAGGAUGGAGAAGGGCUCGUUGUACGCCUCGGCAGUUCCAUGCCAUUUUCUACGGAACUAAAGAGGCUACGUGAAGAGGUACGGCCAUUGUCUCGCUUACCAAGCUGCCCGAGGGAAUACAAAAGAACUACGGUCGAGAGAUUAUUUCGAGAUGCCGGGUUGACGUUGGAUUGGUGCAGUUUUGAAUUGUACAAUACAAUCUACAAAGACCGUACCACUGAACAUUUGGAAUACUUAACCGAAAUACCGAAUACCAGCAAAUCGGCAAAGUCAUUUAAAGCCCUGGAUACACGCGAUGAAUGGACGGCACCGAGCAAGAAUGAGCUACCGUCACGAAGCUAUACGAAGCAAUUAACAGCAGCUGUCGCAGUACCACUUUUGCUGUUGUUACUGUCAAUAGCUGCUUUAACUUCAGUGGUGUGUUUCCAUUAUGCUGCAGUAAGAGAUCCAGAGUCAGAAUAUUUCUUGGAAAAUAUAUUUCAUAUUUGUAUAGAAUACAGAAAAAGACGAAGAGCCCACAAAUCUGCUAAAGUGGAGUUGUGUAGAUAUGGGACAGGCAACUCAGAACAGACUCAAGUCGCCGCCGACAACAACAGUACCAAAAGUCAUGGAGUCAGCCCAAAUAACAGCCUGGCUCGGCCGUACAGUCCUAAAUCGACCACGAACAUCGCUGGCAGCUACAACCGCCCUCAACCACCUCCAUAUCUUGGUUCCACCAAUAAUUCACUUCACCAUAGAAAAUCUGGCAACACCGACAAAACCCCUUCAACUAGCGGCCACACACCGGAACACCGCGGCCAUCUUCUAGAAGAAUCUUUGAAAUUAUUAAACGAAGCAAACAUCAAUUCGGAAUUUGAAAAACUUCCAAUAUUAAAGGACCCAAUACUCGAUUUAGCCGAUGGUACAGAAGACUACGUGCCUAUAAAACCAGAUUCGUCCGGAUAUAUUCCGAUAAAACCGGAUGCAACCGGUUAUAUCUCGAUGAAAUCGGAUUUGGACGAUAUUGAUGUCCCUGACUUGACCAAGUUUGGAAUCGCUGGUCCUAUUUGACACGAGAUCUCUACUGAUGGGAAACCGCCCGUCAAAACUUGGUUCUGCUAAACGUAUUCGCUUUUAUUGAAAUAAAAUUAUAUCAUUUUAUCUAAUAUCAUUACUAAGAUAUAGAUCUAGUCAAUUGCUUUAUUUUAGUCAAUAUUUAUAUUAUUAAAUUAAGAUUAGAUAUAAAAUUGUACACUAAAGGCCCGUAACGAUUUUAAAUAAUUUUUAUAAUGUUAAUAUAAAUAAAAUUAGUAUAUAUCUAUUGUAGAUUCA